AGAUAUGCUUAUGUGGAUGAAUACACGCCGUAGAAUAGCGCGGUGAGUGUGUGUGUGUGUGUGGCUGAGACUCAAGUUCCUGUGCAAAAUUAGUCACCAGCAGCAUCACUCGACCACUGAGGGGACACGUGUUGCUGCACGCAGAGUUAAGCCGUUAUCCACGAAAACACACCUCACCAAGGUGCCAUGGAAGCCGAGUUCCCGCGUCAGGACAACCAGACAGUCUGCUACGGCAGCACACUGCGCCUUCCCCUGAACGCAAACGUGCAAACAGUUUCGUAUCUUUGCUCUGGUCUGUGUUGGACAUAUCGUUAGCUCAACAAACGUGCCGUAUCCCAUGUCAUUAUAUAAACAGCCCUGGGCGCAAACAAACAUGAACUUCAUAGUGGCGUAGUUUGAUAUUUAGGCUACACUUACGAUGCGAACAGAUUUAUCAUUCACGAGUACACGGGGCACAUAAGGGAACAGAGGAGAUAGUCUAAUAAAACCUGGCCCAAUUAAAAGCCGAAAGAGAUGUUACCCGAUGCCACAAGACGCGCGACUUCUCAGUGCGCUUAAUUACUGGACUUUGAGCUGGUGCAGUUUACACGUGAGUUCGGAGCCGUUCCCUUCAGGAGGCGCGCGUGCGCUCUUGGUCUAGCACAAAGUGCUGUGGCAAAGUGGCAGUCUAGGAAAUCAGGCAUCAUUCUGAAGUGCAGCGCCAGUGGACAAACGCACGCCGUGCACUGUCUCUUCAUUCACUGGAGUUGGAUUUAAAAACUCUCGCAAGCCAAAGAAGUUUGAAAAGCAGGAUUUUUUGAAAAAGAUAAAUUAUGGAUGAAAGAAUAUCACGCCUCCAGGACCGACAGUACAUUGACAGAGCGGAUUUCCUGGGGGUGGACUAUUCUUCUCUCUAUGUAUGUAAAUCUAAAAGAGGGAUGAAGCGCGAGGACGGAAAGGAUGCCUAUAAAUUGCCUCAUCGGCUGAUAGAGAAGAAAAGACGAGACAGGAUUAAUGAAUGUAUUGCACAGCUCAAAGAUUUGUUACCUGAACAUUUGAAAUUGACGACUCUUGGGCAUUUGGAGAAAGCAGUUGUUCUUGAGUUAACUUUGAAGCACUUGAACGCCUUGACUGCUGUGACCGAGCAGCAGCACCAGAAGAUAAUCGCUUUGCAGAACGGGGACCGGUCGAUGAAAUCCUCCUUCCACGCGGAUCUGGAAGCGUUCCACUCCGGGUUCCAGGCGUGCGCCAAAGAAGUGCUGCAGUACCUGAGCAAGUUCGAGAACUGGACUACACGCGAGCAGAGAUGCGCGCAGCUCGUCGGCCACUUGCACAAAGUUUCCACGCAGUUCCAGCCCAGUAGCGCACAGCAGCUGCUACUGCAGCAUCCACUUCAGGACCACGACAACGGCCCCAAAGGAGGAGACGGCCAAGCGAACUGUGUCCCGGUCAUCCAGAGGACUCAGACCACAGAACUGAACGAAAACGACACUGACACUGACAGUGGAUACGGCGGGGAGGCGGAGAGGGGCGACGGGAAGCAGGAGAAAGGAUGCGAGGGCGAAAAGGCGCAGGGCGCAAAGGGGGUCAAGAUCAAGCAGGAGUUCGGGGAUGAUCGCUCUGCCAAAAAACCAAAGAUGAACUGGACUGGCAGUGGCGUGGGGAGUGUAGACCCUGCCGGCCGCCCUGAUCUGGCUUUCAUGAACUCGUUGAUGGGAAUCACAGGUGUUGGACAGCAAGCUCCGUUUUGCAUGCCUUUCUAUUUCAUAAACCCCUCAGCGGCUGCGUCCUACAUGCCUUUGUUUGAUAAAAGUAACCUGGAGAAGUAUGUGUAUCCUGCAGCCGCGGCGGCUCUGACCAGCCCUUUCCCGUGGCUGUACCCGGGGCUCCCGGCUCAGGCGGCGGCAGCAGCAGCCGCCUUCCCCGGGCUGACGGCAGAUAAGGUCAGCGGAUUCAGCAUGACCUCACAGAUCAAAGACUGUCCCAGUCCAUGCGAGGACGUGUCAACCGAGGCGGAAUUGGGAUCCCCCGCCGAAGGGGAUCAGAGUCAUGAGAACGACGAUAACAAUGACGGGAGUGACACCAUCCGAAACGAAAACGACGGUACAUAAUCAGUUUUCACUGUCUUUUGCUUGUACAAAGUCCCUAUUUAUCUUGAUAGCUUAAUUUAACUCCAUUCAACAUUCAAUGUGUAGUGUUUCUGAGAAUUUGUUUUGAAAGCUUUGUUUAUUAUUAUUUUCAUAUUUUUUUAUUCAAAGUAGCUUCAAUAUUGGUUCACAUCUGAAUUGGUUAUUUUCUUUGGGGAGGUUGGGGGACGUUGUAACAAUCUGUGCCUUUUGCACUUUAUCCAUGAUAUAUUUGAAUGAUAAUCGACUUUGAUUGACGUCAGCAAUGUGCAUAAUGCUAUCUAGUACAUCCAGAUGUGAUUGUUUAUCAAAACUGUUGACUUUUGGGGAAAAAGCUUUUUUUAUCUACAUCAGACACUUUAUAUAGUGCAAUAGGCCUACAUGAUUUAGAACUUACUCUUAACCCGACUGCAGCUAUAUAUAUUUUUUUUUUUCAAAUUUAAUUUGGAAUUAACUAUGGGACACUUGGAUGUAUCAUACUGACCUCAACUAAGGUGUUUACCAUCAACAAAUUGCCACAGUAUUUGUCAGUGAUGCCUCUUGCACAUGUAACUCUGCCGCAUUUGUAAUAUACCACACCAUUCAGGCUUUCCUCAGUGCUUGAAUGCAGUUACUUAUAUACCUCACCGGGAGUUCUUGAAUGGGAUAAUAUUAUUAUUAUUUUACAAAGGAGGGUUAACUGUCGAACUGAGCACAGGGUUUAAGACUAGGACAUUUGUAACUGGACGUUUCUUUAUUGGAGACCCCUUGACACCCACCCCCUCCCCCCCCAUUUUACUUUUACGGCUCCCCCCUCCCCCUCCCCAAUCUCAGAUUUUUGGUCUACUGUCAAAUAAUGUUUUGUGUUUUUGAAUAAUGUUAGCUACCCCCCCCCCCAAAAAAAAAACCAGUCUCCCAUGCUGGUACAGUGUUUGCCUGACAUGCAACACAUUAAAACACAACAUAGGGCACAGCCUACAGCCUCCUAUCUAAAGAGUAUUUGCGACCUAAACAUGUUGUUUGACCUCGUCCCACUCCAACCCCCCUGCACACUGCAAGUGUUUAGACUACUGUGUCCGCUGAGGACAACCAUAUGAGACAGCCACAUGACUUGCACCUCCAGCAAAAAUAUACAAGGUAUAUUAGCACCUUACGGAACUUUGAUAUUGAAUGUAUUAUGUGUUUUUUUUUUUGCAUAGAUAUGAACGUUUGUAUAUACUAGUCAUCUGCUCUGAGAGGUAAAGUGCACUUGUUCAUGCCUUCUCCUUCUGUCUGCUCCUCACUCUUCUCUUCUCCUCGGUUUCCUGUGAUUGGUUGUUUUAUCUUGAUAUGUACUAUUAGUUUCAUGGCAAGUGGACUUGAACGGACUCACUGGAUGCCAGCGAGGGCAGCCACCCAAGGCUGUGUGUAUUUCUGUGUAUGUAUGGGGAUCAUGAUACUGGGGUGCAUUUCUGGAAAGCGUAAUUGCUAACUAUGUUAGCUACUUUGUUGGUUGCAAUGCAAUUUUCCAUUGGCAACUACCGAAGUUUCUAACUGCUAACAACUACGCUUUCCAGAAAUGCACCCCAGAGCAGCUCGCUACAGGAUGCUGUUGUUGUUAUGCGACACCAUCACUGUAUCUGUCUUAACAGGUGCUGAUGAGAAGCUUUUGCUUGCAUUUUCACCAUCCAAAGACAGAAAAAAUAUGGAAUGUAUUUCUUGGUUCAGCAUUUUUUGAUGUUGAUACAAAUGUCCUAAAUUGUUAAAUCCCUGUAUCAUAUCCCACAAUGUGCACAAACAUGCAUACAGGUGUAAUAGCACUGGACGGAACUUGUCAGUAGGCGAAGAGCGAUGCCAUUUUUUUUAAAAGACUGUAAUCAGAAGUUUUUAUGUUCUGACAGUUGUCAAAAGUGUUGUGUUUUUUUCACAAAUGUGGAGUUUGUUUUGUUUUUGUUUUUUUUCCCGCAGCAGGAUAGGCAAAGACAUUCAGAAAAUUGCCAUUUAUUUUUGCAGACCCAGUGCUGCUUUUAAAGCUCCUGUUUAGAUCAUCCUGCUGUGUCCAUUUGCCCAGGGCAGUGGCAUGUCUGUGUACAUAGUCUGUGAAUACGCUACAAGAAAAUAUGUCUAAUGUUUAUGUGGUAGAUAAAAUCUCUGGAUUUUUUUAAAGGAUUAAAAACAGAGCAAACUGUUGCACAUUUCGUUAAUGCUUUACACAAUUGCUGUUCUAAAUUAUUGCAGUAAAGUUGUCGAAUGAAAAACAAAAAACAAUGACUUGUACUCCUGGUUUCAGUUCUCUUAAAUGCUUUUGAAUGUGUUCCUUAAUGUGCAUCAUGACAUAAGUCACGGGUGAUGACCCUUCUCAUUCAAGAACCUUGAAGGGGCCACUGCUCCGGCUUUCUUACACAGUAUAGUCUAUAUUUUAGUGAAACCCUGCACAGUAAGUUUUGCAGUGUGAAUUAAAACACCCAAGAGAGUAUGACCAAAUACACCUUAUA